CUCUUCUAUUUCUGAAACACAGAAGUCGCGGGAAAUUMAUCGAAACUGGAAAUCAAGUCGGUUCUUUGAUAGUUUUCUUGACUUUAUAACAGUUUACAGAUAUCCAUGGCAGAAAAAGUUGAAGAUCUCAGUCUACCCACGGCUGUAAUGGURCGGCUUGUAAAGGAUGCACUUCCUGAUGGAGUUAAUAUUGCAAAAGAAGCCAGGGCAGCCAUCAGUAAAGCUGCAAGUGUAUUUGUACUUUAUGCCACAACUUGUGCAAAUACUAUAGCUGUUUCUGCAAAAAGGAAGACUCUUACUGCAUCAGAUGUUUUCCAAGCAUUAGAAGAGAUGGAGUUUGAGGAAUUUAUCCCAAAACUUAAAGAGGACCUUAUUGCUUUCAAGAGGGAACAGAAGGGAAAGAAAGAAGCAGCAGCAGAGUCAAAACGACGGAAAUCUGAAUUACAAAGCAGUGAAGAUUCAGCACCAGAAGCUAAGAAACAAAAAACAGAUGAUAGCAAUGAAGAUACAAAAGAAAAUGACGAUAGCAUUGAUGAAUCGUGAACAUUUUAUAACUUUGACAUACUGUCCUCAGUCCACUGAUAUUGUAACAGCAAGUGAAGAAAAAUGACCUUCAGUAUAUAUCAUACUAUUAUUUUAAUUUCUGAGGCAUGAAUAUUGCUAUCCACUGAGUAAAUUCUUAUCCAGCAGAUACAAUCUAUACCGACUAUUGGAAGGAAGAAUUUAUUAGAUGGAUAAUCGUCUCCAAACACAGUUCAAUUCUGAAGCAUAUAUCCAAACAGCACUGUUAUUGUUCAUACACUUUGCAAAUAUGUCAAAACGUUGAUGUCAGUUUCAUGUUUUUAGUCUUUUCAGUUUUUUUCCUGUAUGAUUAAAGUAAAGAUGAUACAACAAAUAAAUGAAUAUUAAAAUUGRUAAAAUAUAACAAAA